AUGAUGCGGGCUUUGGGAGCUCCGUUGUGUCUCCGAAAAUGUACAGAUCCUUUUCUUGAAGAAGUUGCUAAUCUCUGGAAUAUGCGCGAAAUAGCGAAGAACAUUCAGCCGUUGUGUCGAAGUCAUGCGAUUGCGUUGGACUGCCUUCACAAGCACCCCACAUGUGAUCCACACAACUUGUUCAAAACAGCUAGUAGCGGCGUGGAGAAGAUGUGCGGUGAGCGAGCACCACUUCUUGAGAAGGUUCGACCGUGUCUCAUCAAACACGGUGAUAUUCCCGCACAAGUGUGCGACUCGAGGUGCCAUGGUCGAGCCAACAUCACCGCGUUCAUAAAUAAUCCAGCAAUCACGAUGGCAGCACUGAUGGGUGGUAACAUUUUCACCGUUAAUGAACAUCUCGGUGGACUAUGCAGUGGUUUGAAGUGUGCGUUACCGUGCAUCACAAUGGAGUUGAAUAAAGUUUGUCCGCUCAGUGGAUGGCUUACUUUAGACAUUCUUCUUCAACCAUUUGAGACAGUGGCAGAUCAUUUGCUUGAUUCAUCACCUUUGCUGAAAGACUUCAUCACAAAUAGAAUCAACAAAAAAUGCAAAUUUCUGGUACAGAAGAGUGAACUUAUAAAGCUUAGGAAGGGUCAGUUCAAUCACUAA